UCCGAGAGAGGAAGCAGGACGGAGCACAAGCGGGCCGCGUGUUCCCCAGAAGUCUGGGCCACUUUCCUUUCGGUGCUGGCGUCUUUUUUUACUCCUUUGUUUGUCGGCGUCUUCUUUCCUCGUGCACCCCGAGUCUGGGGGCGAUACCCUCUCCUUCCCACGCAUCUCCCUCUCCACUCAGGCGAAGGCCCCCCAUCGUCCGCCGACUCUCGUGCCAAGCAGCCACGGCCACGCAGCGUAUUCGAGUCUUCCUGCCGUCAUCUGCAGCUAGUCUCGUAGGACCGGCAAGAAACGUCGCAAGCCCACAGAGUAUUUUUGAGUUCGUCGAUUCCAUCGAGCAAGGCCGACGACUCUGGAGCUAUUCAACGUACGCCAGUCUUCAAGACAUCAUCCACGUAUGGUUCCAAAACAUCCGUAAUAAGCGCGCUGCCACUCCACAGUGCAUUUUUGCGUUUUUCGGUUUUAUCCGACGAAGUCGCAGUCACAGAGCGUACGCGAGUCUUGCAGACGUCAUCUUGUACCAAAAUACCAAAGACACAGCUAAUCACCAGCGGUGUUUUUUUUGUUUGUUUUUUAUUUCUUUAGUUUUAAGGGAGGAAGCAGCCAACUGUGGAGCUACGCAGCGCACGCAAGUCUUCCGGAAGUCGUCUGCCACUCCAAAAACAUCAGCAAGAAGCGUUGCAAUUCCAGACUGCCUUUUUGAGUUCUUCGGUUUCUUUUCUGACGAAGCCGACGACUCGUCAUUCACGCAGCAUACGCGACUUAUCCAGACGUUAUCAGUCGCUGAUCGCGAAAAAUCCGGAAGACGCGUCGCAGCUCCCCCAGUGUAUUUUUGCGGUCCUUCCUCGGUCCCAUAGCGACCCAACGCUGCGACCCUGGAACCUCGCUGGAGCCCGGGCUAUGGCGGCGCGGCGUCGCUCUCGCGCCCGAUGCCUUCGCUGCCGCGGCGCUCGGCGUCCUCCGGCGCCGCAGACGUGCCCGCGGCCAGACUCAACUACCGCUACGCCGGACUGGAGCGCUUCUCCGGCCGGCCCCGCGUCUACGAGAACCCGCCGGCAGACGCGCCGCCGCCGUUGCCCGAGCGACAAGCCCCGCUGACUCCGCCCUCCUCCCAGCUGUCUUUCAAGAGAGAGAUGUUCUUCCGUGAGAGCCCCGUUGCGUCGAGCACGGUCGGAGUUCCAACGACUGUAGCUGCGGCAACGCUGGGCGCGGGCCUCGCUUCGCCAUCUGCACCCAAGGAGGAAGGCACUUCCCCCUACGCCACCAAUGGGUGCAGGCAAGCCGAGGGCUGCGUUGGCUUCGCCAGCCUGCCCAACCAGGUGUACCGGAAAGCCGUCAAGAAGGGCUUCGAGUUCACCCUCAUGGUGGUCGGGGAAUCCGGACUGGGCAAGUCGACGCUGCUCAAUUCUAUGUUCCUGACGGACGUUUACUCGAACGAAUACCCGGGUCCCUCGCAGCGGGUCAAGAAGACGGUGCAGGUGGAGACAACGCGCGUGGUGUUGCGCGAAAGCAGCGUGCACCUCUGUCUGACGGUGGUGGACACCCCGGGUUUCGGGGAUGCCGUGGACAACAGCCAGUGCUGGCAGCCCGUCGCGGACUACGUCGAAGCCCAGUUCGCCGCCUACCUGGACGCCGAGUCGCGUGUGCACCGCUCAGCGCUCUCCGACGGCCGAGUCCACUGUUGCCUCUACUUCAUCGCACCCUCGGGCCACGGGCUGAAGCCCCUGGACAUAGAGUUUAUGAAACGUCUGCACGACAAGGUGAACAUCAUUCCCGUGGUUGCCAAGGCGGACACCAUGACACCCGAGGAGUGCAGCCUCUUUAAGAGGACCAUUCUGAACGAGGUGACGCAGCACAAGAUCCGGCUCUACGAGUUUCCCGACUGCGAGGACGAGGAAGAGAACAAGCGCCAGAAGCCCCUCAGGGAGAGGGUGCCUUUUGCGGUGGUGGGCAGCAAUACCGUGGUGGAAGUGAACGGCAAGCGAGUGCGCGGUCGCAAGUACCCCUGGGGCGUCGCUGAGGUUGAAAACAUGGAGCACUGUGACUACCUUGCCCUGCGCAACAUGCUGAUCAGGACGCAUAUGCAGGACCUCAAAGACAUCACCAACAAUGUACAUUACGAGAACUAUCGGUGCCGUAACCUGGGUGGCAUGGGUGGCGCGGCGGAAUCCGGCAGGUCCAACAAGAACCCCUUGGCCCAGAUAGAAGAGGAGAAGAAGGAGCAUGAGGCCAAGAUGCAGCGCAUGGAAAAAGAGAUGGAGCAAGUCUUUGAGAUGAAGGUCCGCGAGAAGAUGCACAAGCUCAGGGAGUCCGAAUCAGACCUUCAACGAAGGCACGAGCAGAUGAAAAAGAGCCUCGAGCAGCAGAAGCUGGAACUGGAGGAGAAGAGGCGGAACUUCGAGAGGGAGAAGGCAGCCUUCGACCUGAGCUACCGUGACAUGGACGACGUCUUCCGCAAACUGGCGAUGGACAGCAACAAUAGAGAACAACUGGAAGGGAAAGAAAAGCGCAAGGAAAAAAGGAAGGGACUCUUUUAAAGAGUAAAGAUUGUUCCAAGUGGGGCUGCUGCCGUAUCUGCAGCUGGAGGACUGUACUAGACACUACCCAGGCAGAUCACCGUGGAACAUCCUCCCGCUUGCGUCUUUUGUCCUAAAGCGCUGUAUACGUAUAUGGUGCCAGGAACGCCUCUCCGACUGGUGUAUCUCCGCGUACUAAAACGUGGCUUCUCAAUUUUCAAACUAUGACGUCAAUGAAGUAUCAUGUUUUCACCGGCCGCGAUCUUGGCGAUGUCAAGGCAGCUGCGGUGAAUGCGACAGGCGCCUGUCCUGCCGCAGGUUGCUCGACGGACCACGCAAGGUUCGGCAGUAAGGAGUCGGAACGCCGCGACGACAGCGACACUUGCAUUUACUCAUACUUUUUGCCGGGACUUCUGUAGCACCAACCGCAAGGAUCGCGUCAGCCGACAGCAUGAUACCACGCUUCUGUGUCGUCAUUUGUUGUCACUUGGAGAAUAUUGUUUGAUCUAUGAGCAGGAUAGGUCGGUAAAUACGAUAUUCGAAGACAGGCUGCAGUCACCGCAGUAUAGCCAAUCAAGAUGCGUAUUAUCAGUACCCUCAACAUCCAUAUUGUGCUCGAUUUCAGGGAGGCAGAAAAAGAGAGAGAAAGUAAGAUGGGCACAAUAUUUCCAUGGGUAACCAGAGAAGCACAGAGGGACCCUUCUUUAUCCAAUUCAGGAUGAAGAAGGGUCCUUUGUUUACUAUGUACUGUCAUUGCCUGAACAAUGGUAUCUUCUAUAAUGGUGCCAGUAAUCAGUCGUUUUUGUUUCCUUCUGGUCGCCUCAGCCUUCUCAUAUAUGGGAGGCAAGAUUUUACACUUCCGUCAUUUGCUACUACCAAAGAAUCAUGAGGGUGCUGCAAUGGUCACAAAGUUGUCAUACAUAUGUUGCUACCGGAGACCUUUGUUUUUUAUUGUAUAUUGUCCCUUGGCCCGUCUUCUGGUUAUCUCAGUUCGACUAACUUGACCUUCACGUUGGAAUUAACGGCCAUGCCAAACAACAUUCCUAUACGUGCUUAUAGCAGCAUUCCGCCAAAGUGUUUUUUUACAAACGUGGUAGUGAUGUUUAACGCCAGUCUAAAAGGACUGAGAAAACACUGCAUUGCUAAAAAAAAAAAAAAAGGUGCAAAAAUACGGAAUGAAUAAUUUUGCUCACCAGGCCAAAGAAUACUGAUUUUAUUAUUUUGUACUUGGCCUUAUAAUUAUGAACAGACUUGGAUCUUGCGCUGUUUAGAUACCGUGGCUCAACCCAACACUCAAAUAAAAAA